CUGGGUUUCGUUGCUCUGCACGGGGAGGUGGCGUCGUCGGCUGGUCUUGCUGACCUGGGUCGUUGUAAAUAAACUAAAAGGCGGGGUACACGCGCCUGAUCGUAUUCCCUUGCGCCGUCGCUGGCGGUCUCUCGAAGUGGCUGCUGAGUGGGAUGCCAGGCGUGGCUUCGCUAAAUGACAAUAGGACGCUACAGAUCAGUCAUUAAAGAGAGUCUGGCAGAGCUGUGGUUGCUAGUUAUUGCGGAAGAGAAGUUAUAUCUGAGUUAGGGGAUGGUCCUGGCGGUGGAUGCAGUACAUUGGAGGUUUGCAAGGCUGCCACAUCACCCAAAUGGAUAGCAACAUGCAUUUAAGGAGGUUGGAAUUUUAUUCCACCCCCCGCCCCCACCCACCCGUGUGGGUUUUUUUUUUUUUUUUUUUUGCAUUUGACCGUUCAGAAAGUGGAUAUGUGAUCCUGUUAGGGUUAUAGGUUUAUAUGUUCAAAGGCUAGGGUGGCUUGCUGUAUAUUUGGAUAAUUUGUGGCUUAUGAUAUUGCAUACAUGUCACUUUAACUGGAGCUCAUCAAAACUCUUUGGCACAGUGACUUUUUGACCGUAAUGAAGAUGUGGAAGAUAACUGUUUAGGUUAAGACUUUGUGGGUUUUUUGUUUUUUAUCACCAUCGUUUCUGUUCUAAAAAACAAAAAUAUUCUCCUUGGGCAAGAAUGGAGUGGGAAAACCAAAAGCUGAAAAUAUUUUCUGGUAGUGUUCUGUUUUUUUUGUUGUUGUUGUUUUUUUUUUUUUAAAGGCAUUUGUCUCUUUUUGUUUCCUUGUACUCCCCCUUUGUGCUUGUAUCCAGUUCUUGUCUCAGACUUAGACUCUUUGGGUCAGGGAUUGUAUUUUUGUUCUAUGUUUGUACAGUCUAGCACAAUGAGGUCCUGGUCCGUACUAGGGUUCUAAGUGCUAUCAUAAUACAAAUGAUCAAUAAUAAUAAAACGGAUAGUAAAUGAUUAGUCCCUGCUCCAAAGCAUUUAUCAUCCAUUUUAGCAGCUGUAGUAGAGCGUGUUUAUGCUCUUCCUCUCAUGGCUCUGUCACUUCCUCCUCCUAAGGGAAAAAAAAUUAAAUCAGUGUAACUACUCCCUGAACUCCAGAUAUGGGGGUGCUAAUGUAGCUGUCCUUUGAAACAAGAGAAGCAGUGAGGUUGGAUCUGUUUUCCUCACUUGAAACUUAAUUAGUAGGAGGAUAACAGUUAAACCGAGAAACAGUUUUUAUGAGAAAUUCUGUACCCACAAGAAUGCAUAUGACAGGUCCCUGUUCCAAAGAGCUUAUUGUCUGAGGCCCCAGUCUCAUGGUUGGAGUCUACGUCCUCACAUGUCUCUCAAGUCCAUCAUUUAAUGUACACAAGGAAAUAUAUGAAUUACAGGGGAAGCAGCAGCAUGAAAGAUGUUGACAAAAUUGGAACUUUAAAAGAAGAAUGGAUGUGUAAACAAGGAACUGAUGACCAAAUUCCUAAUGGUACAGAGCAAAGCUGUGAAUUUUUUGUUGAUAACCUUUUUGAAGAAGCUCAGAAGGUUGGUGCUAUAUGCAUGACACCAACUAAAGUUAAGAAUGAAGCUGAUAUAAUUAUUAAACUAUGGAAAAAUGGAUUUACAGUAAAUGAUGGUGAACUUAGAAGCUACAAAGAUGUUACAAACCAACAGUUCUUGGAUUCAGUUAAAAAAGGGGAAUUGCCAAUUGAGUUACAAAAGACGUUUGAUGAUGAGGUGGAUGUGAAUGUGGAAGAUAAGAAAGACGAGGUGUAUGUAUUAAAGAAGCCAAUAUUUCACCCCUUUUCUGGACAAGGUUACCGGUUAGGCAGUGCGACUCCAAGAAUAAUUUCUAAAGUGAAAAAGGACCUUGAAGCUGAGAACAAAAGGCCUCUUCCUUCAGUAACACUAAGUGAUUUGGAACCAGUCACUAAUAUCCAGAUCUGGUUAGCAGAUGGGGAAAGGAUAGUACAAAAGUUUAAUGUUUCUCAUAGAAUAAGCCAUGUCAGAGACUUCAUAACAAAAUAUCAAGGAUCGCAGGGAAGUGUUCCCUUCAGCCUGACCACAUCUCUUCCUUUCCUAGAGCUGCUGGAUGAGACUCUCACUCUGAAGGAAGCUAAUUUGCAAAACGCUGUUAUAGUUCAGAGACUUCAGAAAACAACUGAGCCUUUCAGAAGUUUAUCAUAGUCUUUGGUUUUAAAAGUACCUUGAUUAUGACAGUAGAACUGCUGCUGCAAGUAAUGGCCAAAAAACCAUAAAGACUAACCCGAACAAAUUAGCUUUCAACUCACCAAAAGGCUACAUAUAAGUUGAACUUAGCUAGACAAAACCAAAAAAAACCUGAACAGCAAUAUCUGGAUGCACUGUAUCAUCUCCACAAAGCUGCACUCUUCUUAAAGAGCAAAAUGUGUGUGUUGUGCUGUAGUUUGCGGUAUUUUCUAACCAUUUCAGUGUUUGGAGACCAGCAAUAAUGAAGCAGAGGUAACCUAGUAAGACGGGGCCCAUCAUCUAAGUUCCUUCUAGCUAGAAAGCACUGAUGGCCUUUUAAAGGGAUGUUUGGGUUAAAAUCGUGAGUCUAAAAGACUUAUGUUACUAACAGCAUUUUAAGUGAAAAUUAAGUCUUAUUUUAUUUUUUCACUUCAGUUUGGACAGAGAAACAUGAGUGAAACCAAGUGGUUUUGUUUCAAUCAGUCAAUUUCAGGUUGUGAUUUUUCUUACACUAAUGUUUAUCAUUGAAGCAUCUGUAAUCUAGACUUACAUUUAAACACUUUUCACUAUUUCCAUAGAAACUCUUAAAGAAAUCAUGAAAAGCUGUUGCAAUUAAGUUUAACAAUCUAAAUUUUGGGACUUCCCUUUCAAAGCCUGUAUUACACUUGUGCACAUGGGAACAUCUGAAGACAAGAAUGAGUUGGCUCCAUUGCAUGCUGUACGUGAGGUGCUACAACGUAGACUCCUGAGGUUUGCUAUUACUAAUGGUUGAAAUAGCUGCUUGCCUCACUGGUAGCUCUGUUCCCAUCCCCAAGACAUGGAAUGUCAUGACAGGUGUGCUUUGAACUACAUGUGCCACUAGCUGCGUAAUCUAUUCUGACACAUGUAAGACACAAGCAUGACACCCAGUAAUUUUAACAGUAGACUAAAGAUGGCUACAGAGAAAUAUAUAGUUUAAAAUACAAACCUCCAUCUAUGCCAAAUUGCCAGAUAUGGGCAGAGUUAAUUUGCACAUGUAAGUCUUCCAAUAACAUUUUAAAACCCUUAUUUGGCAAUAAAGCGGCUUCCCUCUCCUCUGUUCAUUUGUUUGUUCUUUAUAUCAAUCCUCACUUUCUGUUUAAGUUUGGUUUAUUUUGCAAUGUAUAAAAUAUGCCUGUCGUCGUGCUUUUAAUUCGUGUCUCCAUGGCCAAUUACAAUUAGUAUGCCAUACAUUACCUGUUGAGAAACCAAUAUAAGGACUGUAGAUUUUUGCAUACAAUUUUGCUAGACAGUUUGCAUGAAUCAUUAAGUUCAGUAGUGUGUGGAUUUGUGAAUGGAGCCAUAAAGGUCCGUUGGAUGUGAUUUUCCUGGACCCUUCAAUGAAGAGUAACUGGUUUUGUGUUGCAUUCAAAAGGGGAAAUUGUUUGGUUUAAUACUUGUAUUCACUACAGUUAAGUGAGAGGGUUUGUUCUUUUGGGAAAUAUACAAUUAUGGCACUGCAGUGAUCUUAGUUCUGCAUAAAUCCAAGAAUUUUUGAACCCUG